CGUUCUUCAUCCAUGUUCAGGUUGAUGUAAAGAAUCUCUCGACCAGCCGGACAUGGAGCAACAUCGUCAACAUCUGUGUGGGCGCUAGGAUCGCACCAAUCCACGUCCUGAGAGCUCGAUAUCGCUAUGGAGACCGCCAUCCGUUUCUCGCAGAACUCCCAUACAGGCACGCCACAGCGCUUUCUAUAUGUCGACGUGGCUGGGAAAUCGUUCAAAUUAUGCAAUAUUACCAAGAAGAGUAAGAAGUCUACUAAAUAUGAGUCCAUCCAUACGUCAACAAAAGUGCCAGCCUUCCGCGCUUUCGACUGGCAUCCUGUCAACGAGGAUCUCGUGGUUGUUGGACAGGCAGGCGGAGAAGCGACUCUUAUCAACAUUGCCGAGGGUCAUCAAGAUUCGUUAUCAUUCCAAGUCCGAAGCCAAAGACUUUGCAACGCUGUGACUUUAAGCAGCCAGAAUUUACUGGCGGCAGGCUUGGACAAAGUCCGAACAGACUUCUGUCUUAAUGUUUGGGACUACAACCAACGACUUCCGGCACCUGGAACGAAAAGCUUUUCGAAGAAUUACUCCGAACCACUCCAUAAACUUGCUAGUGGAGAACCGAUCACCAGCUUAAAAUUCUUUCAAGAUGACCCUCAGCUUUUAGUUGCCGGUGUCAAAGGCCAAUUUGUCAGAUUGUACGACCUCAGAGAACCAUCAGUAGGAAAUGGCCUACAGUUCGCCACGAGGUGCGUCCAUAACCUGGCCAUAGAUUGGCUUGAUGAGAAUUAUUUCGCUUCUGCGUAUCCCACUAGCGAUCCCUCCAUAUGCGUUUGGGAUAGACGAAUGAUCAGUCGACUCAGCACCCCACACAUGAGUUUUGGUGCAGGCCCAAGUCCAGGAACAGGGCAACCAGAGGCUUCCUUGGAGUUGAAGAACGUUGUCGAAAGUCCAGGCACCAUAUGGAGCCUGCGAUUUUCAAAAGCUCGUCGUGGGCAUCUAGGUGUGCUUUCCAGUACUGGAAAUCUCAAAGUUUACGAUAUUAGUAAGGACUCCUCGGACGAGACACACCAGUCUGAGCAAGAUAACGGAAACGAUGUGUCUUGGGAAAACAGUGCCCCUCUAGAUAUUUUUCUUGAUCGGGCCCAAGAAGUCGCAAAUCAGUGCUCGAGCGAUCCCUCUCUUCAGAAUGAAAAGAUCAGAAUUGUGUCGUUUGACUUCAUGACGACGUCGUCAAAGCUAGGGCAACCCGAAAUUCUGACUCUCACGGGUGAUGGAAGAAUCCGAAUCUCCUCAACAAAUCCUCCUCCCGAGCCGGUUGUCCUUGCAAAUCUCGACUUUUUGUGUAGGGGCGACACGCUUCUCGAGCACUCUUCAUUGGAUGCCUCAUCUUGCGGGAAGACCAUUGAAGCUAUCCGACGCAAAGCGCAGCCCAGGAAUCUACUCAAACAGACCAUCAAGCAAACCCGUCAAGAGAAAAAGGCUCUUGGAGUGGGGAAGAUGUCCAGCUUCGAGAACCAAACGUGGUACUCGGAUCUUGGAUACUACGAAAAGGACGUUCCUCUUCGGCACCUUCUCAGUCUAAACUCAUCCCAAAGAGUCCGCUGCCAAGCAGGCUAUCUGCUCAACCCGACCAAGAACAAGGCGAUCGUCUCCGACUCAAAUUGGUUACAAUCAUUCUGGGCCUGGAUAGAACGAGCGACCAGGAUAUCUCAAAAUGGAAAUAUGACGCAGGACAAUUUUGACCUGGCACGCCUUGGGGUCUACGCCCUCUGGAUGGAGGAUAUCAAUACCAAGAAUAGAACCCUGGGACCACGCUCUAACAAACCGAGUAAAAUCAUCGAAAACCUUGUCCGCCGACUUAACAUUCCCUCUAUAAAGAGCACCAAGUCAAAACACCCAGCGAACAGACAAUUGUGUUUACAUUCGAUAGGCCUCGCUUGGUCAUAUGAAGAGCUUGAGGCAAGAACCAGUCGUCUGGUAAGCCAGAAUCAGCAUACCAAAGCCGCGGCACUUGCAAUGUUUGCCAUGGACCGUAAACUGGCCUACAAAGCCCUACGUGGAAGGGGCUCAAAUCAAUCCCACAAGAUGCUGGCAAUGGCAAUCGCGGGUGCUUCGAAGAAAAUGCGUAAUGGCGAUGCAGGGGCGACGUCUGGUGACGAUUCGGAUGCACAAGAUGACUGGGCUGAGACUAUCUCAUCAUUGGCUGAAGAGCUUACCGACCCAUACGCACGGGCUAUCCUCGCCUUUGUCAAAACGGGAGACUGGUCUCACGUUGUUGCUGAAGAUUCCCUUCCACUCAAGUACCGAGUCUGCGUCGCGCUUCGACAUCUUGACGACUCCAAGCUUACAGAGUAUAUCUUGCAAGCGAGGAGAGAAGCCUUGACUGAAGGUGACGCUGAAGGCAUCAUUCUCACCGGUAUUGGCACGCGUGACGCGUUUGAUCUUCUCAACAGCUAUGUACGGCGAUUUGGCGACUUGCAGACUGCAGUGCUGGCGCUUUGUCCCGCCAUUCCACGUUAUGUGGAUGACGAUGAAAUUGUUCGCCAAUUCGACAGCUGGAAAGAUGCAUACAGACAUAUGAUGAAUGGUUGGAACUUGCGAUUUGAUCGUGUCAGGUUUGAUAUAGCCUGUCAGAAUGCAGCAGUGGACGAAAGCGGAAGACGACUCAUACAACCUGCAAAGCAACAAAUUCGACUCGUGUGUGGCUUUUGCGCACAAAGCCUAACCCACAAUGCAGGCACUAACGAGGACACCUCACCAGGUCACAAGAUGGUAGAAACUCAGCAGCAUCCCUUGACUAGAGAAAAGGCCGCUGCAAUUGGCACCGUUUGUCCAAAAUGCGGCAGACAUCUACCACGCUGCGGGGUGUGCGAUCUCUGGCUUGGAAUGCCAGAUGAAUCCUACUUGCCAUGGUACGGGCCACUACAGGCAAGGCUGAAUGGCAAUAAAGGCGGUGUCGAUCUGAGUGCCAGUCUGUCUGGCAGCGUACAUACCACGAUCGGACCGGCCACAGGCUCUGGGAGCUUAAGAGCGACUUCAUCACCUCAACCGAAAUCGUCACCACAUUCUCAGGUCAAUUCAAGGAGGUCGGGAACUACGGAUUCGUCGACAGGAACCGCGGUACCUACCAUCCAAGAAUCAACGAACGAGACUCCGAAUGUGCCCAGCAUCGCAGUCGAUGAGGCGGCAACUCCACAGCAAGAACUUGACAGAGAGGUGCAAAUGGCAGAACAAGCACGGCAAUGGGAUUCUACAAUGGCAAAGCUUACGGUCCUAUGUCUGAAGUGCUCCCACGGAUGCCACGCUGCGCAUGCGAGGAUGUGGUUCGAGAAGCACCGUAUAUGCCCUGUACCGGAGUGUAGGUGCGUUUGUAAUGAAUGAAUGAAUGACUUAGAGUGCUGUA